AUGGCAGCCGUUGGAGUUGAGAUUUCCCCUCUUCCCAAGCCGUUUGAGAAAUCAGCUGUCGAUUUCGGAGCCGAACUUUCGGGGAUUGAUCUCGAACACAUCGAUGAUGAAAGUUUUCAAGUUAUUAGAGAAGCUCUCUAUAACAACAACGUUGUCCUGAUCAAAGGCCAGCACAACCUCUCACCAAAAGCCCAAUACGAACUCACCCGCCUAUUCGACCCUGAAGCAAGUACAUACAGCCAUGGUUCCCGCAUCGACAAACGCAGCGUCCUCCACAAGGAUCUGACCACCCUGCCAUCUCAGCCGCAAGUGCAAGUCAUCGGCCACGGCGCAGUAGUCGAGUUCGAAGGACUGGAGAAUCUCAAGCUCACCCACCCUCACCACAAGACCUUUCAUAAGCAUCCUCACAUUGACUCGGCCAUGUACAACCUGGACCCGCCUCUCGUCACAUCGCUGUUUGCUUGCAGGGUACCUAAGGGGCGGCGGCAGAUCUGUCGCUACGACGAUGGGACUGGAGACGAGCUAGAAGUACCUUUGGGAACGACAGCUUUCAUCAGUGGAUACCGCAUGUUUGAAUUACUAUCGGAGGAGGAUCAGGAGUUUGUCAAGACCAGCACGAUCGAGUACAGCCCACACCCGUACAUCUGGAUGAGCAAGGCGAAGGCGAGGUCAAAUGGCCUAGGUCUUUUCUCAGAAGGUCUAGAGCUGUCUGAAGACCAGCUCCCAGAGAUUGAGGAGGAAAAGAUCAGGAGAUACCCUAUGGCAUGGAAGAAUCCGGUAACGGGAAAGUUUGCCAUGAUGGUGUACCCGACGCCAGCGCGCAGGAUCCAUCUUAAGGAUGGAACGGUAAUGGAGGACUUGAAAGAGGUCAGAGAGUUGAUUUACAGACUGCAACGACCAGCAAUCAGCCCGCAAUACGUGUAUCCUCAUGAUUGGGAGGAGGGUGACCUCGUUCUCUUCAACAAUCAUGGCGUUAUGCACUCCAUUGUUGGGGCCUUCGCGGAGAACGAGCUCAUAGUCAUUGAUAUGCCCCUGUUCAGGGGCGAAUACGAUCAGAAGAACGAAGCCCACUUCAUCCGGAUUUACUUCUUCUGA